UCAGCAACUCAGUUCCAGUCUUGAAACAAGAACAGUGACCCGUUUGCUCCAGUAGUUCUUGCGACUUGUUCCCAAUACACGGGCUCUUUUUCAGUCACCACACCCCACCCCAUCCUUGCUCCCAUCCAACAUCCCAUUCAGUUUCCACGAUCUACGCCCCUUGCCCUUCCCAAUCCAGCCUUUAAAUCGGCUUCCUUUGUGUUCUAGACGCUUUGUGCGUAUUACGGAAAGCCAGAACAAUCAAGGCUCUUGGAGACCUUGUCAAUCCGCCAUCGAAGGCUGAUUUUGUCCUGCAAGCCCGAGUCAAUCCUGAUCGGGCGGUGGAUAGAUUCUUGAUGGAUAUGCAUUGGUAAUUUGAUCUGAGAUAAACUCAUCUUCCAUCUGUCUGCCAUUCUCUCAUCCAUCCAUCCUUGCUUGCUUGCUUGAUCAUGAGUCGUAGCCAGGAUCCGGGGUUAACCUUGGACGAGAGGUUGAAGAUCCUCUAUCCUAGUGUGGAUGAGACGGAAACGCCCUUGCCUCGUAGUUGGUCCUCCAAGGACAAGUACGAUUACAUUGGCUUGUCCCUGAAUAAUCUGCGGGUACAGUAUAAGGGUCAUGGAAAGACACAUAAAGACGCUUCGUCGGUUCGAGCUACACAUCCGAUACCCACCUCUUGUGGCAUCUACUACUUUGAGGUGAAGAUCGUGUCCAAGGGGCGGGACGGCUAUAUGGGGGUGGGCUUGUCAGCACAGGGCGUGAAUAUGAAUCGACUGCCUGGGUGGGACAAACACAGCUACGGCUACCAUGGAGAUGACGGGCACAGUUUUUGUAGUUCGGGCACGGGUCAGGCGUAUGGGCCGACGUUCACGACGGGUGAAGUGAUCGGUUGCGGAAUCAACUUGGUGGAGAGCACGUGUUUCUACACUAAGAAUGGACACAAUUUGGGCGUGGCCUUCAAGGAUCUGCCGCCUAAUUUGUACCCUACAGUGGGUCUGCAGACUCCGGGAGAGAUUGUAGACGCCAACUUUGGACAGGAGCCGUUCUUGUUCGACAUUGAGGGCGAGAUGAUGGAGCAGCGGAUCAAGAUCCUGGGUCAUAUCGAGGACUUGCCCACACCCGGUCGCCACGGGGAUUGGCAGUGUAAGCUCCAUCGAUUAGUUUCAGGUUACCUCGUGCACCACGGCUUUAGCGCCACGGCAGCCUCCUUCAAUGAACACACCCACCAGCCGUUAAAUGAGGAGCUGAGUAGCAUUCGGAACCGCCAGGAGAUUCGCCGCCUGGUCCUCAACGGGAAAACGGGCGAAGCUAUUCACUUGACCGAGAAGCUCUACCCGGACCUGUUUCCCAAGAAUCCCAACCUGCUCUUCUUGCUCAAAGUGCGACAGUUCAUCGAGAUGGUCAGUGGGUCGGAGUCCUUGGAUGCCGUUCGAUUGGACUCGGACAUGGACGUGUCGGCUACCAAUGGGAAAUCCGCCGCUGAUGCCACCAAUGGCAACUGCCUCACCUCCGACCACCGUGAAAACAAUGACAACAACCCCCACAAUCCUCACCAUGACGACUCUAUGGACGUCGAUCUCGCCAGUUCGGCGUCGAACUCGGGUACACGCCCACCGCCGCUCACCCGGAAUUGGGAUCUCAACUUCGCCAAACUCAUCCAAUUCGGCCAGAGCCUUCAUACCAUGCUCCUAGGUCUGGAAAAGACCCCCGGAUUAGUGUCGGACCAAGAUCUAGCCAGUCAAGAAAAGAUGCUACAAGACGCUUUCUCACUUCUGGCUUACUCGGACCCGUUCAAUAGCCCCGUGGGCUGGCAACUGGACCCCCAAGAGCGCGAGGUCGUAUGUGAUGAGCUCAAUUCGGCCAUAUUGAGAUUGAGAAAUCUCCCGGGGCGACCUUUGUUGGAGCAAAGUAUUGAACAGGCCAAAGACUUCUUGAAGCUCAUGUCCAAGCACGAUUUGGGCGCGUGCGCCUUCGCCAAUGUGGAUGAUUUCCUAAGAUGAGAUCCCCACAUGUGCGGCGCUAUCUAUUCAAUAAGCGUAAUGGUGAAUGACUACAUACAAAAAGAGAGCGAGAGACUGAUUUAUCAAGAGUGUGAAUGUGUGAGUGCGUGAUUUUUGUACGUAUUCAAUAUCCUGUGCAAAUCCAUCGCCAACCUGUCCAAAGUUUACGAGUUCGUGUUGGUCGAUACAGUCUCCUGGCACGCCUUCAUCGGCGGCCGGAUUGGGUCAGUUUUCCCGUGUCUUUUCAUGACUCAAACAAUUGUUCCUUCCCGGGUUCGGGUGUAAUCAUACAAAGUUCUUCUUAAAAUAUAGUACCUCAGAAAUGUG